AUGGCACGUCCCAAGAAAGCCAGUGUGCCCACAGGAUCGUCCUUGUCCGAUGGACAUGGACGGCGUAAGACUCGCAACGGCGCAUCGCAAGAGGAAGAGGAAGAUAUGCUCGAUAACAUCACCCUGGCUCCACCGGUCUCACAGCCACCGCCAAAAUCGAAACCAAUGCUGUCUCGCAAGAUUCCUAGCGAGUUCGAUCACGUUAUACUCAAGGAAGAGGCUGAUUGCAAUGAAUUCAUCUCCAAGACUGAUGCAUCCGGAGAUUAUCUGCGGGACAUGAAAACUCUAGAGGUUCAUCUCGACACAACUAAACUGUUCGCAUAUACGGAGGACCGUUUCGCAAUGGCACUCAACAAGCUACACCCACGCGCCGACAACGCUACCAAUCCUCACGACUUACAAGCCCUUCUGCUAGUCGUAAAAGGCAACAUACUCCUCACGCGUUACAGCUACCACCUCAUAUCGCCACACCUAUCUGCCUUUGUAAACGACAAACUGAAGAAGCUAGCCGAUGGCAAACUGUCCGACGAGGAGAGAGAUAAGCUACCUUACAAGCUCAACAGCACGGAGAAGCUUCUCGCGACUGCGCUACUUGGCAUUCGUGGAGUGAAGCAGGUUUCUAUCGAGAGCAAAGGAAAAGGAACGGUUGAAGCAGAGUUCGCGGCGACCAUUAAAGCUACGCUGGUCCAGCAUCCGGGGACUGAUAUCUUGGAAGUAAGCGAUGAAGAGUCGGAGUUUUCUACACAUGCGUUGAACAGGCUUGGUUCGAUCUACUCGAAUGCGUAUUCUGGGGACGCGUUGAACCCAUACGCUUCUCUGGCUCCACCGGAAGUAGACCUCGUUGACCAUUCGGAGGAUUCAGACGAUGAUUUGCAGACCGCUGCUAUCGCAGAACCGCAGAAACAUGUCAGACGUAGGCCGAAGAAGGAUGUUCCCAUCGUAAUGUCUGGGCCACGGACGCGUGGAACGAUGGCCAAGAAGACAGAAGAGAUUGGGGAGAACGACGAGAACAACGAUGAAGAGGAUGAGGACGAAGCAUAUGGUCUGGGUCUCGUGCAUAUGGUUCGAAUCUACAAGCAGAAGUCGCGUCCGGGCGAUAUAGAUUCGGAGUCUUCCAGGUACGACGUGUUGCCAGUAGUCCUGACGGCGAGGGAGGAAGCGGUUGAGAUGGGCUGGAAAGUAUAG